AUGCUGGAAGCAAUGGAAAGUUCAGUGAACGGUGGGUUUUCGCAGUUACAGAGCUGCGGAGACAGCAGCGAAGAGGAGUUAUCUGUGCUUCCUCGUCACACGAAAGUGGUUGUAACCGGAAACAACCGCACCAAAUCUGUCCUCGUUGGUCUCCAAGGCGUCGUUAAGAAAGCCGUUGGGUUAGGUGGCUGGCAUUGGCUGGUUCUUACAAAUGGUAUUGAAGUGAAGUUACAGAGGAAUGCUCUUAGUGUGAUUGAAGCACCGACAGGCAAUGAGGAAGAUGAUGACCUUGAAUUUGAAAAUAUGCAGUGGAAUGGAUCGGAUAUGGCAUCGGACGACACACAUAAGUCCCAUAAAUCGAGGCACAGAAUGCAUAGAUCGUUGGGAUCAUCUCACAAGUCCAUGAGUAGGUCCUUCUCUGGCGAUUCACAGUCUAAGGGGUCCGUUUCUAUGUCUCAUGGGGCCAGGAAGAUCGACUUGAGCAAGCUUGAAGUGGCUGCACUGUGGAGAUAUUGGCGACAUUUUAAUCUAGUGGAUGCGGUCCCAAACCCAUCAAAAGAGCAGCUAGUAGACGUUGUUCAGAGGCAUUUUAUGUCGCAGUGUGUAUACCAAGCUUUUCUCAUCAUAUUUACCCUGCCAUGGUUCCUAGCAAGUGAUGUGUUGAUGGUGCAAGCACGCCAUUAAAAUCUACCAAAAGAAUAAGGCAUUGCUUUUAAAUCAAAUGGACGAGUUGCAGGUCAUUGUGGGAUUUGUCCACGCUGCAAAGAGGCUUAAGACUGUAUGCAAAUGAGGUGGAAUGAUCCGCAAAAUGAUUUAAGUUAUGUUGUCUAUGCUAACAAAGAUAAUGUAUCUAAUAUCCACUUCCCUUCGUACAAUGUAACAUAUUUAUCAGUGACUUGUGACUGUAGUAGGUUAGUUGUUUGAGGUCAUAGAGGUUCUUACUUUUUUGCAGUCACCCAGUUAUGUAGAUAUAUGUGACCUUGGAACUGGAUCGUUAGGAAAGUCUCAUCGCCUUUCGUUUCAGCUUGAUUUAGUGUGUUGCUGACCCGGGGAAGUGGGUUUCAGAGAUCUUAAUGUGUAUAUAUAUAUAUAUAUAUAUUCUAGUUUCUUCCAACUUUGAUUCAUUUAGAUGAAUUGUUGUGUUCUACUGAUCCGGUGGAGUGAUGGACUGGUGCCACUACUAUUCUGCCAUUCUGCUACCGUAUUAAAGUCCAUGAAAUGAUUAUUGAAUAUAGCUUGCACGAAAGAGAUCGUUGAAAAGACUCGGGGAUCAUGUUUCUGAACACGUUUGCCUCUUUGCAAUUGGAC